CGGCAGCUGAAGUGCGAAUUGGCGCCAUUUUUCCAACAAGGACAAUUUGACCAUACGACAGAAAAGCUCGUGGCUGCAUUGAACAAUAAUAAAGUACACGUAAAGUUAUUUUAUAUUUUUCUGUUUUUAUACAACCUCACGAAUAUAUUGGAAAAUGUUUAUUACGGACAUAAGAAAGGAAUUCUACGACGUUGUUGUCAACCAGAGAGUUGCCCUCCUGGUGUCAUCUGAUAUUGAUGCACUCUGCGCCUGUAAGAUAUUACAGGCACUGUUUCACUGUGACCAGGUCCAGUACACCUUGGUGCCAGUGACAGGUUGGCAAGACCUUGGUACUGCCUUUUUAGAGCACAAGGAGCAGUUCCGCUAUUUUGUCCUGAUCAACUGUGGGGCCAAUGUUGAUCUCCUGGAGACCCUUCAGCCAGAGGAAGACUCCAUCUUCUUCAUCUGUGACACACACAGACCUGUGGAUGUAGUUAAUGUCUACAAUGACACCCAGGUGAAGCUGAUGAUAAAGCAGGAUGAUGACCUUGGAGUGCCCUCCUAUGAUGAUAUCUUCCGCGAUGAAGAGGAGGAAGGCGGCGAUGACUCUGGGAAUGAGAGUGACGGAGGCUCUGAGCCUUCUGGGAAACGGAGGCGAUACGAUGAGGGGGAAGUGGAGAGGAGGAUUGAGCGACAGAGAGCAACGAGAGAGUGGGAGGCAAGGAGACGUGAGAUCCUGUUUGACUAUGAGCAAUAUGAAUACCAUGGGACUUCGGCUGCAAUGGUGAUAUUUGAGCUGGCAUGGGUCCUGACUAAGGACACUAAAGAUAUGCUGUGGUGGGCCAUCAUUGGGCUGACUGACCAGUGGGUUCAUGAUAAAAUCACUCAUAUGAAGUAUGUAACAGACAUCGCUACUCUGCAGCGCCACGUCUCACGUCACAACCACCGGAACGAGGAUGAGGAUAAUUCUCUCUCUAUCGACUGCAUGAGGAUCUCCUUCGAGUACGAUCUGCGUCUGGCCCUGUACCAGCACUGGUCUCUGUUUGAGAGUAUCUGUAACUCCUCUUAUACCUCCUGCAACUUUAAGCUCUGGUCAAUGCAUGGCCAGAAGAAACUCCAGGAGUUCCUCGCUGACAUGGGCCUGCCCCUGAAGCAGGUGAAGCAGAAGUUCAACUCCAUGGACAUGUCAGUCAAAGAAAACCUGCGAGAAGUUAUAGAAGAAUCCUCCAACAAAUACGGUAUGAAGGACAUCCGUAUCCAGACUUUCGGCAUUCACUUUGGCUUCAAGAACCAUUUCCUGGCCAGUGAUAUCGUGCACGCUGCUGCCGCCCUUCUGGAGAGCACUGAGAAGGAUGACAGCCCCGGCGACAACUUUAUCAAGGCCCUCGACUGCCUCUCCAGGAGUAACCUGGAGCGUCUCCAUGGUGGCAUUGAUUUGGCUAAGAAGAAGCUGAUGGCCAUCCAACAGACUGUAGCCAGUUGCAUCUGCACCAACCUCAUACUGUCACAAGGACCCUUCCUCUACUGCUACCUCUUGGAGGGAACUCCUGAUGUGAAGCUGUUCUCCAAACCCAUGGCCUUGACCCUGCUCUGCAAGUACCUGCUCAAAGCCUUUGUACGCUCUACGAGGAAUAAGCGAUGUAAGCUGCUGCCCUUGAUCAUAGCUGCUCCCAUGGAUGUGGAGAAGAGAACUGUCAUCGUUCUAGGCAUCCCACCUGAGUCUGAGACAUCCGACAAGAAGAAUUUCUUUGGCCGUGCGUUUGAGAAAGCAGCAGAGAGCACCAGCUCCAGAACUCUCCACGACCACUUCGACACCUCUAUCAUUGAGCUAAAGAUGGAGGACAGGACUAAGUUUCUGGAUGCCCUCAUCACCCUGCUGUCCUAAGGAGUGAGCUAACUAAGACACUGAUGUAUGGAUAAAGUUCCUGAAAUUGAUAUGUGAAAUCUGUAGAUGCUGGAAGAGACUACAUGACAUUACAACUAGGUUCAUGCUCAAUGUGAUGGAGUAAUCUCUAUUUUGUGCUUCACCUGUUUUGGCCAAUGAUGAGUAUUUUCCAAUGUUUCGUAUUUUCAGUUCAGGACACUUUGUGAUGCCUAUAUGUAUAUUGUACUGUUUCUUGUAAGUGUAUUGUGAGGGUUUGUGUUUUUAAUCUCAUGUAAAUACAUUUUUCUGUUGUCUUUGGUUUUUGAAUGUGUCAUGUAACACAUUUAUUAAAUGAUAUUUUAUUGAUGUAUAAUUAUUGAAGUUACCAUCUACUAAGAGAAGGAAUGAUACACUUGAAACAUUUAGUAGUAAUAGGGGUAUGUAAUAACAUUGAACUUUGGCGCAGAAUGUGAUAUGGACCGUAGAAACUGUAUGAUGGCUUAACCAUCUCCCUCAGUAUACUGAUCUGGAGCAUAGGUUAACACAGACCUUGGCCCAUAUAGCACAGUAUAAAUACAGUUUCAUGGAUGGGUGGGAUCCAAGUCCCUCUCUGUGGGCUAAUUGAACCCCAUGUCUCAAAUCAGUAUGAGGUCAUGACCCACAGAGAAGAGGGUUCUGGGGGUGUCACAGGAAAGGCUGAUCUGCUCGCCAUGGUGAAAGCGAAACGUGCCAGAAGGAGCAUUGCACUUACUGAGCUAGGGGAGGGGAACGGGAUCCUCAUAGCAGACGUGGUGUGUCUACUGUGUAUAUUAUUUUAUUGCCUUGAACACAAAUGUGGAUGUGUAACAAUCUGACUUCCUGCUGAUUGAAUGUUUGGAUGUACAGUAUUAUUGUAUGUUAUCAACUAACUGGAAAAUGGUCAGAUGAAUUUGCUAUAAAGAUAAAGCUCAUACUGUU